AUGAUUCUUUCAGGGAGACGACUUGGACAUGGACAGAAAAGAUCCCUCCCUACACAUGUCCCUCUCCCGGAAAAGAUAUCUGUAGUGGCUACUAAAUCUUUCCAUUCGUUGGCAGUUACCCAGGACAGUAAUGUCUACAUGUGGGGUGUCCACCCUAAUGUUGUGCGAUACACAGCCCAGAUGAAUCGAAGGUCUCACCAGGGUCUGGAGAGCUCGGAUGAAAUCAAUGGAGAUUACCUUAACCCUAUUUUGUUGAUCCAUCCAACAGACAAAGAAAACACAGCUCGUAGAAAACCCAAGUCUAUAUUAAACCGAGACGAUGCAGAGAAAGGUAGUGCUACCAGUGUACGUGUUCCCAUCUCACUUCAGGGAAUUCCAUCAAGAAAAGGAGCCAAUUUUAACGUGUCUGGCAGCCCUGAUUCGGUGUUUGGUUCUGAUGAUUCCAGCCAAAUCGGACGACUUAAUAUUAUCAUUCCUGACUUAGCCUCUGUGGGGCACACUAAGUAUGGUCGGCAAGUUGUUCCCGUUCUUCUCAGGUACAUUCCUGAAUGGUGUCAGUCCAUAAACUUGCUACAAAAAUGUAUUCAUCAUAAAGACUGGAAAAUGGCCAUUGAUAUCACACUGCAUAUGAAGCAAUAUUCUCAGGCAUUGGCUUUUCACUUGAUGAUGAUUGGUGAUGCUGUUGAUGACUUGAAGAAAGAAGUGGCAGUUCAGCUCAGUAUCCAAGUUUUGGAAUUUUAUAUAAGUCGUUUAGUGAAUCAAGAAAUGCCUGUCUCCUCCAAAGAUGGAUGCAUCCAUUUUGCCUUACUUCAGGUCCUCAGUCACUGGAAUAAAUAUAGUUUAUCAUCAGCCAAUUUAGAAAAAUUUUUUGACCAAUAUUUUGAUUCUCUUGCACCUUGUCUUGGAUCAAUUCUUCUCAGAGAUGAAUCUCUAAUGGACGAAUUCUAUAGCAGCCUGAGGAGUUCAGAUCAACCAAGAGCAACAAGCUACCAGUACAAGGUCACGUUUUCUACCACUUUCCUCCUAAAACUUGUGUCUAACAUUAUUCACAAGAUACACACUGAGGUGAACAAGCCUUCCCCAAAAACCUCCCUUGUCGUGAAGAAAAUGCUGCAGGCUUUCAAUGAACGUGCCAUGUCAGGGAUCAUGCCGAGUGAUAAACUGAUACCACACUUUCAGCUAUGGAAUGAUAUAGUUCAGAAUAUUCGUAAGAUGUCUGUUGCUCACCCAAGUGUUGCCAUCUCAUAUCCUGAGCUGCAGCAUCUUCAACUGACAUCAGCUCUUGCAACUAAUGCCAACUCCACAGACUCUGAUCACCACUUGGCGGAUAACUUACCUUCCACGUCGUCAACUGAGCAAAAGCCACCUGUGCUCCCCUCAAAGAUUGUAGCCUUUACUUGUGGACAUCAUUUUCUGGAGCAGUCAUUUAAGAAUGACACUUUGAAAUACCUCCCACAUAUACCUCCUUCCCAGAAAUACCUCCCACAUAUACCUCUUUCCCAGAAAUACCUCCCACAUAUACCUCCUUCCCAGAAAUACCUCCCACAUAUACCUCUUUCCCAGAAAUACCUCCCAUAUAAUGCUUUUCUUUUUCUUCUCAGCUUCCUGAUUUUUCUCUUCUCAUCCUCUUUUUCUUUUCUUUCUCAUUUCUCUCUCUCUUUCUCAUUUCUCUCUCUCUUUUUCUUUUCCUCCUUUUUUCUCUUUGUUUUUCUUCCUUUCUCUCUCUCUCUCUCUUGCUAUUCUUUCUUUUCCUCCAUCAUUCUUGACAUCCCCAGACGCUGUUGCCACAAUGAUAUUUUUUCUUUUUGCAAGCUCAGUCAUUUUGAGUAUCAAAUCCUUUUCAAAUUCUUUCCUAACACAAUAAUACUUGUGUUUAUGUCCCCUAUCUAUCUAUCUAUCUAUCUAUCUAUCUAUCUAUCUAUCUAUACACACACACAUUAA